AUUCCUUUACACUACCUAAAUAAUAGUAUGCAGUUCGAAACCUAGUUCGACAAGUUAUAGUAAACUGACACUGAAUACUUAAAUGAAUUUGGUGGAGGUAUCUGUUUUCAUUACGUGACUACAUGAUGCGGUGACAUCAAGUACAGGUUGUGGUAGGAAAUGUCAAAACAAUGAAAGUUAGUGGUUAUGGAACAUUUGACUCAUGUAAAUAAACAAUAGGAACCCCCUCGAGUGAGAAGGGAUUUCACAAGUUUUUUCAGAUGAAAAGUGAUUUCUUUUACAAUUUGACCAGGAAACUGAUGUUAGCGAAGAAUGAAACACAUCGUUGGAAAAGUUGUGGUACUAGGGUACCAAGGUGUUGGUAAAACUGCAACAGUGACACGAUAUGUAGAAAAUACUUUUACUGAGAACAAUGCGCCGACAGUUGGUGCUUCUUUCUUUAGCGUUAAGAUAAAGUUGGAAGAUCAUUUAGUAACACUUCAGAUAUGGGAUACAGCCGGACAAGAAAGAUUCAAAGCGAUGGCCCCCAUGUUUUAUCGAAACGCAAACGCAGCUCUGUUGGUUUUCGAUAUAACGUCGGCCAGUUCCUUUGAGAGCAUGCAGUCUUGGGUGCAAGAAGUCAAGAGAAAUGUCGAAGAGACCAUGGUGCUGUGUGUUGUUGGGAACAAAACCGAUUUAAACGAUCAAAGAACAGUAGGUAUCUUAUCUUUUUGUCUGUUUUUCGAAUGUACUGAAAUUUUUUUUCAUUUGCAGGGCGUCGGCUUGAUUUUCGAAAAAAUCGCCCAAGAACUGUUGAAGUUGUCGGGACAACUUCAAACUCUCAAGGUUUACGAUGAUGACAUUAUGGCCAAGUCUAGCGAUUUAGAAGCAACCGACACUGCCAACGAAGAGACUGUUAAUUUAAGCAUCAAUAGUAUCGCCCACGGUAAUUCGGUCAGCUCAAAAUGUUGUUGAUAUUGUUUUAGUAUUCUAUUUGUUUCAUGAGGGAGAUUAGAAACAAACUUUUUGUAAGUAUAGAGGUUUUCGGUGAAGUUUACUGUUUUUGUACUUGUUAACCGAAUUUAAUUGAAACUGUAUAACUCCCGGCUUUUUGUCAAUAUCACACUUUUUAUGCUCGUUAAAGUAUAAGUUUCUGACUUAGUAAAAUAAUAUAUUAAAUUAGAACUAAAGACAAACACUUGUUAGGUUGUUAAAAAAUAUAUUUUCAAUUUUAUUUUGACUUACUAAAAUAAUAACUAUCAUUAUAAUAACUAUGUUGAUGAAUUGUCAAUUGCAUCGAGAAUUGUAUGUAACUGUACAAAAUGUAUUUGGUAUAAAAAUCAGUUUCAUUUUAUUGUAUUAUUUGACCCCGUUAUAAAUAAUAUCGCACGCCCCUGACUCUUUUAAUCAAGACGAAAUUGUGAUUAGUUUUUUGUCGGGAAUUUUGAUAACGCAGAGUUGAUGGCUGUGUAAUAUUAUUGGUUAAUCAAUCAAUUAACUCACAUAUCUACUUAUCUACUAUAUCUAACAUUAUCUUGCAAUGAUCGAUUUGAUAUUCUUUUUUGGUAUUGUCAACUUUUGAUUAGAUAUUGUUGUUCAAGAGAUGUUUAUUAUUUAUACGAACUUUAGGAUAGCGAAUAAAUAUUUAUAUUAAAAA